AUGGAGAGAGAGAAGGAGAGACACAAGAAGAGGAGCGGCAGUGAGAAACAUCGCAGCUGGAGCAAAGACCGGGGCAACCGGAGCCGAGAGAAGCGAAGCCGCAGUAGAGACAGGAAGAGCCGGGAGCAGAGGAGCACCUCCCGGGAUCACAAGAAGCACAGCUAUUCUCCACGAAGAACAAGGAGGAAAAGGACCUGCAGAUACUGGGAUGUGCCUCCCCCUGGCUUUGAACACAUCACACCAUUGCAGUACAAAGCUAUGCAAGUGGCUGGGCAGAUACCCACAAUAGCCCUGCUGGCAUCAUCUGCCAUGAGUGGGUUGGCAGUAACACCCACCCAAGUGCCCAUAGUUGGCAGUCAGAUGACUCGGCAGGCUCGACGUCUCUAUGUUGGCAAUAUUCCCUUUGGUGUAACAGAGGAGUCCAUGGCAGAAUUCUUCAAUGCCCAAAUGAGGCUUGCAGGCCUAUCGCAAGCCCCUAGCAUCCCUGUGCUUGCUGUGCAGAUAAAUCAGGAUAAAAACUUUGCAUUCCUAGAGUUCCGGUCUGUCGAUGAGACCACACAGGCCAUGGCUUUCGAUGGAAUCAUUUUCCAAGGUCAGUCAUUGAAGAUAAGACGACCACAUGACUACCGGCCCCUACCUGGCAUUUCAGAGCAACCUGCUUUUCAUGUCCCAGGUGUCGUGUCCACAGUGGUACCAGACUCCCCACAUAAACUGUUUAUUGGAGGCCUACCCAACUAUCUCAAUGAUGAUCAGGUGAAGGAGCUCUUGACAUCAUUCGGACCACUCAAAGCUUUCAACCUUGUCAAGGACAGUGCCACGUCACUUUCCAAAGGUUAUGCCUUUUGUGAAUAUGUUGACAUCAGUGCGACUGAUCAGGCGGUGGCUGGGCUCAAUGGCAUGCAACUGGGUGACAAAAAGCUCAUCGUCCAGAGAGCAAGUGUGGGAGCCAAAAACGCCAAUCCGACUGCCAUCAUCGAGACCCUGGUGACGCUGCAGGUGCCUGGGCUGCAGGGACUUCAGAACUCUGGGCUGCCCACGGAGGUGCUGUGCCUGCUCAACAUGGUGAUGCCUGAGGAGCUGGUGGAAGACGAGGACUACGAGGAGAUCCUGGAGGACAUCAGUGAGGAGUGCUGCAAGUACGGCAGCGUGCGCUCCAUCGAGAUUCCCCGGCCUGUCGAAGGAGUGGAGGUCCCUGGCUGUGGCAAGAUCUUUGUGGAGUAUGUUUCUACUGCAGACUGUCAGAAAGCCAUGCAGGCCCUCACUGGCCGCAAGUUUGCCAACAGAGUGGUGGUAACCAAAUACUAUGAUCCAGACAUGUAUCACAGACAGGAGUUCUCAGGGUAGAGGGGAAACAGGAGGCAAUACAUGGAAUUAACUGGGACCUCCUCUUUCCUGCUUCCUCAAACCUGGUUUCAGCUCUUCAGUAUCGUGUGUUCUGUCUCCAGUAUUCACAGCUAGUACGUUGUAACCCUAUCCUCAUUUACUACAGUAGUACAGAUUUUUGGGAAAAAAUACUAGAUUUUUACAUGUGUCUUUUAGAUACUCUAACUGAUAUCUUACACCAACAAAAAAUCUCUGUGUGCAGUGAAUGAAUUUAAAGUCUGAAAUGUAUACACAUAAAUAAAACCAUGCUAUUUGUGUAGGA